UUGGCUGCUGGCCCGCACGCUCGAGCCGGGCUCCGCGGACGGUGGUGGGGGUGAUGCUGCGACCGUUGCUCUUGCUCUUUGUCCCGCUGCUCGCUGGCAGUGCGGCAGCGGAGGAGGAGGGGGAGAGGCUGCCCACCAAGUGCGAAGUGUGCAAGUUUCUCACACUGGAGCUGCAGUCUGCUCUAGACAAGACGAAACGUUCCAAGGAGGUGUUGGAGCUCGGAGAAGUGCUGGACAAUGGGAAACGCAAGCGAAAGAUCAAGUACAACACGUCGGAGACCCGGCUAGCUGAUGCCAUGGAUAACAUCUGUGAGAGAAUUCUGCAAUACAACGUACACGCCGAGCGACCCGGGAGCUUGCGCUAUGCAAAGGGAACCAGUGAGACAAUGAUGACCCUGAAGAACCUGGUGAGCAAAGGAGUCAAGGUGGAGCUGGGACUCCCGUUCGAAAUGUGGGAUGAGCCCUCGGCUGAGGUGACGGAUCUGAAAAAGCAGUGUGAGAAGAUGCUGGAGCAGUACGAGGAGGUCGUGGAGGAUUGGUACUUCCACCACCAGGACCUGGAUCUGGAGCGGUUUCUCUGCAUGUCCCACGUGCUGGAGACAAACAAUCAAGAGUGCCUGACCGAAGUGUGGAAAGGCCGCAAGGGCGACGCAGCUGAGAGACAGGAGGAGGAGGAGCGGGGCGCGCAGGCAGAUGGCAAACCCGGAGAAGGAGACAGGUCGGAGGGUGACGAGACCCGUCAUGACGCUGCUGAACUCUGACCUCGCGCGGUGUUGCUCAUCCCUCCCGGACCCCGUCUGGAAUUGGGAAAAGUGUGCCUGUGCCAAACUGGACUAUGGUAAUCGGAAAGGCUAUCAGUUUUAUACUCGGCAGUCUCCCAGGGUGUGGAAGCAAGGCGUGGCUUUGAACCCUGACUCUCGGGCCUACAGAAGGUCGAGUAUGUUCUGUCUCUUUAUAGGUCACAACAGGACACUAGUCUAGAACGGAUCAGAUUUUAAACUUGCUACAUAACCCAUCUUUCUAAUACUUAAACACCAUGCACGCUCCUUUUUAUGGGGGACCCUGUCCUUUCCUCCUCCCUGGUAAUACAGGUUAGGGUCUCUCCAAUCUGGUGUGGAGUUUGAGAAGCUGCUAAAGAUGCUAUAGCGUCCAUUUUAAUUCUGGCAGCUUGGAUUUCCUCACGCUCCCAGGUUGCUGAACCAACUCCUGCUGGGUGUAUCGAUCCGCGAGGAGACCUGCACCAAAUUUCCUCCUGGUUUCCUGCUACCCCAGACCAUGCAGAGCCUCCGUUCCGUGACAUGGGCGGGCUCUGAGACCAACUGUACUGUGGGACCAAGCUGAUAAACCUCACUCUGCUGGCCUUAACAAAAAUCAGACAGCCUCUGUGAGCAGAAAGCCAAGUCCACGUUUGGAGUCCGGCGACUCCACCCCCCC